AUGGACAACCGUACCCAUCCACUGUUAGCGCAGGUACCUCUAACGGUCUCACCGUUUGUCUCUCUUCCUACUGCGACUACUCUUCCAUACACAUAUAAAACUCUUCCCUCAACGUUGCCACCAUCAUCUACGGCAGCUGCAGCCUCGUCCAGCGACGGGAGAUCUCAAUACGUUGUAUCGUCGUCGGGCCACGCAGCACAUCCAGAUGAGAUAAUUGCAUCUUGCAAAGCACUUCAAGCUUAUAUACAGAAGGUUCAAGACGAUGCAGACAGGGAGCUGAAGGCCUGGGAAGAUGCGAUAGCUGCAAGAGAAUUGGCAGAGAAGCGUAGAGUAGCUCCCGGAUGGUUGGACAGUGAUGCUCGGAUAUUAGAGCCAGAGAAGAAGACAGUUGCGGGAGGUGAAAACCUUAUGGACGUUGAUGUGUCAAAUAACGAUGCUUCACGCCUCGCACAAACCCCUGUGGCUGUUCCAAAUCAAGAAGGUGACGAACUCGAUAGAGCGUUUGGAGGAAUGGGAUUAAAUAAACCGUGA